CGCGGCGCUCGCCAAUGUUCUUUUCCAGUGUGUCAACGCAACUGGCAGGAGAAACGGAUUUGUAAAUUAACAUUAAUUUACGUCUUUAAAUGGUAUUUCGGAACCGAUGUUCAUAAUUUGAAAAACAAGUAACCGGCAAAGUUGUACUGAAUUUAAUAUAUUUAUGUACUGGUUUUGUUUUAUGGUAUAUGUGUGAUGCCUUUUAAUUUUGGAAGUUCGGAUACAUUACUAUUGUUAGUGUUACAGGGCAUGACUGCUUGGCAGAGUGCGUUAUAAAUGUUCCAAAACAGGGAAGAAAACCUGACAGCAAAUGUGGUGGCUAUAAGGAAACGAUUGAAGUGCACAGAACAGAGCUUGCAGAACUUAGGAGAAGAACUUAAGGACAACUCAAGCGACCACUCAGACUACAGUUCCCAAUGUAGUUUUCCUGUUGGAUUAACGCUGGAAGACCUGGACUGGCCUGAUGAAGCAGAACCUUUAUCAAGCAGCCAACACAUCACAAGGAGCCGCAGAAUGGCUGAACACAAGAGGCCUUCGAACAGUGCUGGAGCCAACACCAGUUCUAGAUCCUUUUCAGGUCUCUCCUCAUCCUCCAGGAUGAUAGAGCUGGAAAAUGAGAAACUGCGGAAGAAGCUUAGUGUAAUCCAGGAGGAGAAUAACUCUCUGAUCUCAGAGAAUCAUCAGCUACUUACUGACCUGGAGUCCGUACAGUUUGAACUGACAGAUUCUAAAUCAAAGAUUCGGAUCCUGGAAUCAACCCUUACAUCGAAAGUUGUCAGUGUGCCAGAGUUGGAAGAUCAGAUCAUUGGCCUGGAGGCUGAAGUUGAAGCUCAAGAGAAUGCACUAAGAGAUGCAGAAGAGAAGCUGGAAGAGAGUCAUCAGACUGUGAAGACCAUGGAGAGAGCAAUGGAGAAGAUGAAGGAGGAACUGAGGAGAGCAAAAACUGAAUUCUCUGAGAAGUCUAGACUGGGGAAAAGAGCUGAACAACAAAGGAAUGAAGCCCUGAUUAACGCAGAAAAACUGACUGUAGCUUUUCAACAAAACAAAGACAUCUUUUCAGAAAAACUGAAGAAGCUCUGUGAAAAUGAAGGAAGACUAAAGAGCAAUCUGGUGCAGUGUGAAAGUGAACGAGAAGAGCUUCAGAAGAAAUGCUUUGCACUUGAGCAGGAAAUGGAGGGAAUGAGACGCCACAUUAGGAAACUAAACGAAGGAUCCAGCAAAGAUCAAGUAACGUUGAGUAAUAUGGAGGCUGAAAAGACGGAGCUGUUAUGUGCCCUGAAUGAAUCCAACCAGAAGAUUUCUAUACUAGAAUCAGAGUUGACAGCUAAAGAUAAGAUUCUAGAAGAAAGGGGCUCCUUGAAGAGGGAAAACCAGGAACUGAGAACUCUCACGACUCAGCAGAGUGAGAGACUGGUUGAGUGCCAGAGAGAAAUUGAAGAGACACAGUCUGAGCUGGCCAGCCUGGAGUCCAUCCUGUCACAGUUAAAUAACAGAGAGGUGGAAGUUGGAACAAUAAAUACUAAACCCAGCAGUUCAAACCACUCACUGUCUUCAAGUCUGGGCAACAGCAGUGAACAAACAAAAGCACUGGUUCAGGACCUCAGGCUGCAGCUCUCUGUGAAGGAAGCAGAGAUUCAGAAGCUUCAGGCAGAGUCCACCUUCAGAAAGGCAGCUCAGCACCUCUCUCAGACGAACCAGGGAAGCGCAAGCAGCACUCAGACAGAGCUGUCGAGUAUGAAGCCAGCAGAGAAAAAGUACCAGCAGCUGCAGCCCUUGAUCCUUGGUCUUGAGGAGGAGAAGAGGAGACAGGAGAGUCAGAUCAGGAAGCUGCAGUCCCAGCUGGUGGAGGCAGAAGCUGAGAUCUGCUCCCUGCAGACCCGUAUGGAUCAGCGUACCAGUCAGUUUCAGGAGAUUCAGAACGAGCUGCUGGACAAGGCAGCCGAGGCAAACAAACUGGAGCAAGAGAUGAAGAAGAGAAAUUCUCAGCUUUCAGCAAUGGAGAAGCAACUAGCAGAGAAGUCCAAUGCAUACUCCACUGCAGUAUCGAGAACUUCUGAUCUGGAGCUGGAGCUGAUGGAAAGCAACAACCAAAUUCAAAGCUUGAAAAGGAUUUUAAAAAAAGAACAGAAGGAUAUUCUGUUGGCAGGUGAAAAUGCGCAAAAACUUCACAUUGAACAGUGCAAAGAACUGGAGGGCAAGAUUGAAAUGCUCCAGAGUGAUGUUGAGCAGAAGCAGCUGAAACUGAAAGAGCAGGCCAGAAUUCUGUCCGUUCUGCAGCAGGACAGCAAGGCCAAGCACCGAAGAGUAGAGUCCCUGGAAUCAGCGCUGGCACAGACCCAACAGGAGCUGGAAAUAAAAACUAAAAGGAAUGACGAAGCAUUCCGGGAUUUCCAGGACCAAGCUGAACAAGCAGCAGAGAAGAUUAGGUACCUUGAGGCAGCACUGUCAACUUGCAAAGAUGAAUUAAAGUUCUACCUGCGGGAAGUGGAAGACCACAAGGAGCAUUUUGAGAUGCAGCUACAGAAAAAGUCUGAAGAGGUCCAUCUCCUGCAGAAAGAGAUGAAGUGCAGCAUGCUGACCCUGCAGGAGACCAGCGAACAGAACGUGCUCCUGCAGCAGACCCUCCAGCAGCAGCAGCAGAUGUUACUGCAGGGGAGCGGCCGGAUCGGAGAGCUGGAGGACAGCCAGACGGAGCUCGAGAGACAGGUCUCCAAAUUAGAGCAGGAACUUCAGAAGCAGAAGCAGGCUGCGAAGGAAGAGCUGGGGAACACAGAAGAGAAGCUUCGGAAAGUCUAUCAGGAAUCUGAAGAUAAAGAAAGGCAGAUGAAGAUGGAGAUGGAUGACUGCAGGAACAAGCUGAUGGAGGUGGAGAAGGAGCUCCUGAGGCUGAGAAGAGACAGCAACACCAAGGCCAGCCAGCUCGACCUGCUUGAGUGUACCCUGCAUGAAACACAGGGACAGCUGGACAAGAAGUCUGAUCUUGUGAUAGACCUGGAGGAGAAGCUUCAUCGCAGUGAGGCUGACCGGCGCAACUCCCUGCAGAGGACCCUUCUGCUGGAGGCCCAGCUGAUGAAGGUGCGGGGGGAGCUGGUGGACACCAUGGGGCAGCUCCAGGAGCUGAGCGACGUGCUGCAGAAGACGCAGCUCUCCACCGGGGAGAAGGAAGCAGCCAUUGAGAAGCUCGCCACAGAGCUGAGAGAGUGUAAGGGUGAGUUGGAAGACAGAAACAACGAGCUUCUAGACAUGGAUCAGGCGCUGAAGGAGAGGCAGUGGGAACUCAAACAGAGAGCUGACCAGAUUACAAAGCUGGACGUGACAGUCCGUGCACACAAAAACGAAAUGGAGCAGAAAAUCAUUGGAUUAGAAGCUGAGGUUAAAGAGGGCCAUAGACUGAUUGAGAGCUUAGAGGAGAGGCUAGAGUUCACAAAGGAGCAACUCCAGGAGAAACACAGGUUUGAAAAGGAAGCUCUGGAGCUGGGGAAGCAGGUCAGGCUGGCCCAGGAGCAGCUGCAGCACACCCACCUGGAGCUGCAGGAGGCUGGCAGGCAAGGGGAACGGCUUGCCCAAGAGCUCGAUGAGACCAUCCAGCUCUCCCAGGAGAAGGAGGCCAAUACAAUACGAUUAGCAGAAGAGCUGGGAGCCGCACAGGCCCGGUCCAGACAGGUAGAAGUACAAAUGCAGGCGAAGCUGAAGGCACUGCAGGAAGAGAUGGAGCAAUUACGAGAGGCCCACAGGCAGGAGCUCUUAGGACUGCAGGAAAGCCAAGCCAAGUUGCUGAUGUCCACUGGCACACUCUCCAGCAGUCUCAAAAGCACUCAGGAUAACCUGAAUGAGCGGCUGCAUGAGAUUAAGAGGGAGCUGGAAGAGGCUGAGAGAAACAUUCUUAAUCUACAGGCAGAACUGCACAUCCGAGACGGGGUGAUCCAGGCUGCGAAUGAAGCUCUGGUUAUUAAAGAAUCAGAAGUAGCAAGAUUACAAGCCAAAAUCUCCAGUUAUGAAAGAACAGUGGGACUGCAGAACACUUCCAGUCUUUCAAUGCUGUCUUUUGUGGGGCAGUGUAAUGCACAUGUCAAUGAAUCGCUAAUGCAAACCCAGUCAAGCUUCAGGGACCUCCAUCAAUCCAGAAGUGCUUCUGAUACCAAUCCUCAUUGUUCAGACACUGAUUCCCUGGACCUUCCAAGGAGUAUAGCAGACAGCCUUGAAGACUCAAUGAUGCCACUCAUCAAAUCUAACAAAGGAAUGCAGGGCAGCAUUGAAAAUGAUGGCACAUGCAUUCAGGAUGAAUCCUCUUUUAAUCCUCUGACUUACACGGUGGCUGAUGAGACUCUGAUAGACUCUGAUGUGUCUGAUAGUGAUAAGCCUGACCUGGACACUUUGAGUGGCAUGUUAAGGUUUAUCAACAAUGAGAUGACUGAGCCAGCCUCGUUUCACAGAUCAGCAGGUUUGCCUGGGCUGAAGCAGAUCACUGAUCACCAGAAGAAAAGAGCAUCCACAUUAAAAUCUAAGAGAAAUUCUCUUUCAUAGGAAUUUUCAGAAAAGUAGCCAUACAGCACCAGUGACGAGGACAGUGGUGCGAAAGCCACUGAGACGAUAAUGCUUACAAAGUCAAGGAGCCGUGUUGCAUCACCUAUUAUGAGAAAAUGUCCUUUUAAAAAAAAAAAUAGGAGUGAUUUAGUGCAAGAAUAAUGAGAAUGUGAUUGUGGGCUGCUGCUGGGUUUGGCUGUGAAUUAAACACAAUUAGCCUUCGGGCCUUCUGAAGAGUCUGGAGGUGUGUGUGUGUGUGUUCUAGUUAUUUAAGCACUAUAUAUCAUGCACUAUUCGCAUUUCAUUUGAGCAUUUUUAAGUUCUGCAGGCCUGCAAGACUUUGCCACUGUGGCAAACAAUGUCUUAUAACGUUAGUCUAUUUUAAAAAGCACAAAUCAAGUGAUCAAAGUGAUCAAGUAAAUGAAAAAAUCAAGUUUCAACUCCAAACCCGACUUGAAGAUGCUAUCCAGCCUUGUGAAAUAAAUGCUUUCGUGACUUUACUGUGUAACCAGUGCUUA